AAGGGGAGGGAGAGCGCGAAGAAGGGGGAGGCGGUAUAAAAGCGCCCUCCAUCCGCGAACGAGCUUCACUCUGGAGGCGGGCAGCGGAGAGGGAGGACUGGAAGAGCACACCCACGCGUACCUGAAGCCCAACCCCCACCCCCCUGCGUGGUAUUUACCAACAACAGACAUCUGUUGGGCCAAGUCAUUUCCUCCAGCGGACCCCGGGCUUACAUUGGGCACUAAAUGCGCAGAGGAGCCGCCAAGCUCGGAUCGAAAGUGGAGAAAAAGAGGCACUUAGAACGUACAGUGACCAAAAAAAGCGCACAGGCCGUGGCCGUUGCCUUCCUCAAUGCAUACCCUUUGUGCCCGGGGAACCAUGAAACCAGAGAUCAACGCCGCCGUCGGAUUUCUGACGAGAUUUCUGCGGGUAAAAGGACACGUAAACGACCGGCAGGUCCAAACGUUCAGCCAGAGCCUACACGACAUUUUGUCAGAACAAUACAAGCACCACUGGUUCCCAGACCGUCCCUGCAAAGGCUCAGGCUACCGCUGCAUCCGCAUCAACCACAAGAUGGACCCGUUGGUGGGGCAGGCGGGCCAGCGCAUCGGCCUGACUAUCCAGCAACUCUACCUGCUUCUGCCCAGUGAGCUCACACUAUGGGUGGACCCCUUCGAAGUGUCCUAUCGCAUCGGCGAGGACGGCUCCAUCUGCGUCCUGUACGAGUCGCAGCCCAUUCCGGCGGCCAUGCCAGGGAUGGCCGUGGCCAGCUCGCCAUCGGGAAGCGGCAGCACGAUGAGCCCCAUGGUGGACAGUCACAUCAGCUGCAAGGAGGAACUGAUGGUGAUGGGCAGAACCAGUCCCUCCAAAGCCUACAACAUGAUGACUGUGUCCAGUUAAGGGGGCCGCGCGGCCACGCCGGGCCUAUUUGUCAUUCAGGGUCACACCUUGGCCAGUUGGAUGAAUUUGACCGGAUCAGGGCGAGCCUUUUUAAAAGCUAAGAAUAUGAAAUGAAAUAGUGAAAGAAGAAAAAAGCAAAAGAAAAAGCAGAGGAUGUGCCCUAUCAUCCAGGUGAUGGAAACCUUGUAGGUUUGAUAACCCCCACCCCCCAUUAUCAUCUGUUCUGUUGUGUCAUUGGAUCAGCUGGGUACUCCUAUUUUAGGAGAGGCUUUGUGGAGAUGGAACUGUUGGGGCAGCUACACAUCCCGACCAGGACUUACCUUAACCCCUUCGACUGUAAACAUGGUGAUCAGCUUCAACCCUGAAGAGGCUGUCAACAAUGACUUUGCACUUUUCUUACUUGUGGUUACUAUGGGUACAAGCUAAAUACACCACAGCAACAAAAAACACGCCAAAUUGUACGGAAUUUUCCCUUGAUAUUCAAAGUUUUGAGGACGCUUAGUUGAGGAGGAAGUUGAGGGUGUAGCCAGUCCAGAUAAAGACAGCGUCUAUUUUUGGUCAUACCUUUUGCACCACAGGGAGUCUUCACCUGCUGGCGACUGGAGCUAACACCCUCCAUGUCCCCCUCUUCGAUUCAACUCGGGGUCUAACGUUUGCGACACCUGCUACCUAUGGAUACCAGCGUGUCCCCCGCACCCUCCCAUCGACCAUGUAGCUUUCCAGGGGGAGGGCACAAAUUCCCUCCCUCCCCCUCGAUUUAAUGAAUGUCGUUGAAAUUCACAAUCAAGUUGCCCCCCUUUUCCGUCGCCACCCUUCUCCUUUCUCGCCAAAAUUCAAAGUGUAGCCAAGAUGGAGGAGCCAAUUCUAGCCAAAUUUGUUAGAAUUGACAUUGAAUGCACUUUGACGUUAGAUUGUGUGGGAUGUGUACUUUUUUUAGAGCUAAUCGCCUGCAUUCCAUCCAUUCGAAUGUCAUUUUUUUACCCUCCUCUUCUGUUUUUAGUCAUACUGUAGCUCCAAUGGUGCGACAGACGGCCGUAUAUCAAAUAACCAUGGGACUCUGGAUUAAAGCAUUUUUUUUACACUGUAUCUGUGAACAUUUCAGAGCUUUUAAUUCAAGGCUGUAUUCACACUUGUGGUUCGGGUAGUCCAAAAAUUUAAAAAAAAAAAGGAUUCUCGAUGCGCACUUAGGGCCAUUAGCUUAGCGUUCAGACUGGUAUAUUUGUCAUGGGACCAAAGGCUGCACAGCAAAAACAUGCAUGAAGUAAGGACUUGAUUGGACAGCUUUCAUGACACGUUACGUAGCUAAAAUAUUACAAACCAAAAUGCAGUCUGCUGGGUUGAAAAGUAUACCAGGGCUAUUCAACUAUUCAAUCAGUUAAAUUUUAGUAAAGGCUAACAUUUUUGCAAGAGAUUCCUACAAAUACUAAAGCGCUGUCAUACAGACUUGACUAGCUUUUCUGCAGUAGGUCCUUUAAAAACAGCAGAACGCUUCUGUGAUAUAGAGGAACUAGGACCAGUAUAAGCCUUUUUAGCAAAGUAAAACUUCUAAAGAAUGGCAGAUCCUUGCAUUGAUAUUUUAAGCUCCUGGGCAAAGGACACUGGUGUUUUGCUAAAAAAGUUGCAACUCUCACAAAAGAAGUCCACUAAAUAGGUUGAGGAAUAUACAAAAUAAGAAUAGUGAAGGAAGACCAUGGCUUUUUGGCACUUAGACUUUAGUUGAAUAGCCCUGAAGUCCGUUAUUUUUGUAUUUCCCAGCUUAGAUCGGAGAAAAUGCUUCUAAAAUAUACAAUUGAAGCGCACUUUUGGCACACACUCAGGAAGAGAGAGCAGGGCAGAGAGACAGCACUUUCAACAUAUUCUCACUUUUUAACACUGAUCAGUGUAGCGUUGGCAAUUGAGCCCAACUGGAACAGAACCGCACCAGACUUGACUUAAGCGGUCUCGAUACACACCUGACUUAACAAAGUGUACUACAAGAGCGAACGCACCAGUUUGUUUCACCCGAACCAACCAUGACAAGUGUGAACACACCCUCAGAUGGUUUGCAUGAAGUUGACAGGAGGUUUAUCCCCCAAAAGGUCUGGCUAAGUGAUGGUUGUGGUCGUUCAUUGUCACUUUUAAAGCAACACCAGGCCUCGUCAGCCUUCCAUUUCACCUACACCUCUGAGGUCUUUUAGGAGCUUUGGAGGUGCAUUGCCUUACCUCUCGUCGUGAACUAUGAGCCAUUAGUGAUUUUGAAGACGCAGAAUGGCGCUCUCUACUGCCCACAUAGCCCAGCCUGGCAUCUCCUCUCGCCCGGACUUCGAGUGCCUCAAGUGCCACAUAUCACCCCCUCAGCCAGCACACUGCUUGUCAGACCCCCCACCCUCCAGUGGAUGCAGGUAGACCUAAUGUGACAUAUCAUCAUCCAUCACCAGCAUGGGAGGAAGGCCGGUAUGGGUGUUUUGUGAUAAAGGAGUCGGGCAGGGUCAGAGCUGGACUCUUGUCCAGGGCAGCUAAAAUCCCUCUGGCCCUCCCCGCUCCAGACUUCUUCAGCAUCCCGAGCCCAGCCUUCCACUGUCCCUCAGCGGUGAUGGAUAAAUAAACCAGCACACACUCGCCCAAUGGUGAGCUCACGCUGCACUCAAAAGUGGGCGGGGAGGGGGAGGGGGGGAUUGCCGUAGCAACUUGAAAAGAAGGAAGAGAAAUGAUUGAGCGUACUUUACUGUUGUCUAGUUUUCAUCUCACUGGAUCGCGCUGCAUUUAAUUACUGAGUAGCAUCUUUGUUUACAUGCCUAUGAAAGGAUGUGAUGGCUGCACCCCAGCCCCAGGUUCCGGGAACAGAUGCCGGGGGGCGGCGACAUGCAGUAGUCUUGUCAGUCGCUGGUCCGAACGUUUAAAGCUCGCCUAAGCCUGAAAAGAUGGGUAAUGGAGCUAUAGCCUUUGACGCACUGCACCCCCUCCCCCUACACACACACCACCUGUUAUUUUACAUUCGCUGCAAAUACUGAAAAAUGAAGAGCUGGCUGGGACGGGAGUUUUAGUGUCUACUUGUCGCCUUUCUCGCUCUCAUUCUUUUACGGUCACACUGGUUGCUCUUUCCCUCCCUGACACAUUGUCUCUUCUCGUCAUUAACUUUUAUCAGACCCCAAAUUUGACACACAUUUAAAAAAAAAAAAAAUAAAGACACCAAAUCCCCUUGGUCGCCUGUACCACCACCAACGGAAAAAUGGCUUAACGUCCUCAGUACGAUUUAAAUGGCAUCCAUUCACGCUCGUGCGCACAUAGCUUAAAGAGUGCUUUGGGUUCAAAGAAAAAAGUCGGAGGUAAAAUAGCACAUAAAAUGCACUAAAACGUCAAGUUUUUUCUUCUGGAGACGCAAGGAGUCUCUCCUGGAAUGUAUUGCCAAACUCAGGCCUGGGACAUUGAAUAAUAAAGACUUACUGAAAGCUUGUUAAGUGUGUUUUAAGACGUGACACAGGAAGGGAACAGCUGAUUUGUUGUUAUGAAUAUUGUCAUCGACUAGUUGAAUUAUUGCCACUUUCACAUACGAUGGUGUUUUACAUAUUGUAGAAUGUAUUGUAACUGUACAAGCAAUGGUAGAGUGCAUAACAUUACACAUGGGAAGUGCCAAUAAUUGCUAUCCUUGAAGUGUUUUUUCCUUUUUUGCUCGUCAUCUUUUAACAUGGGUAACACUUUUUUUGUAAGUGAAGCCAUUUUUGAAGGGUGUGUUGGCAAGGACCAAAGUUGUUUUGGGUUUUUAUUUUUAUUUUUUUUAAGUUACCUUGAUCAGUAAUCAUAGACAUAUUCUCUGUUUUUUUAUUUGUUUUGUUUUUUCUCCUUUUUUCUAUUUACUUACAAAAGCAGAAAAAUAGACAAAAAAAAAUCUGAGCUUACCCAAGAAGAAAAGCUUGUGAUCUCAUGUUAUUGUGUUGAGUUUAUUUUUUUUCUCUCUGGGUAUGUUGUGAUGAACUGCUGUAAAUUUGUACAGUUCAUGUAAAUUGAUUGUGCGGAAGUUGUACAGAUUUCUAUAUUUUGAAAGAAAAAGGUUUUUUUCUCUGUAAUAAAAGAUUUCCUAUCUUGGCAUCAUA